CUCCCGGCGGGGGCCGCUUCCGCCACGUGUCCCGCCGGGCCCGCUGGUUGCCGCGGCGACGGGAACCUCUCCCGCCCCUUCCGGCCUCGCAUGGCGCCGUCUCUUCCGCUGCGGGGAGUAAUAUGGGGACGAUACACCUGUUCCGCAAAUCGCAGAGAUCAUUGGUGGGAAAGUUAACACAUGAAUUUAGGUUGGUUGCAGCAGACAGAAGGUCCUGGAAGAUUUUACUAUUUGGUGCUAUAAAUUUAAUAUGUAUUGGCUUCCUGCUCAUGUGGUGCAGCUCUACAAACAGCAUAGCUUUAACUGCUUACACAUAUUUGACAAUCUUUGACCUUUUCAGUUUGGUAACAUGUCUAAUAAGCUACUGGGUAAUGAUGAAGAAACCCAGCCCAAUCUAUUCAUUUGGGUUUGAAAGGUUUGAAGUUCUAGCUGUAUUUGCAUCUACAGUUCUGGCACAGCUUGGUGCUCUUUUUAUACUGAAAGAAAGUGCGGAGCGGUUUCUGGAACAGCCUGAGAUACACACGGGACGACUGCUGGUUGGUACUUUCGUGGCUCUCUUUUUCAACUUAUUUACAAUGCUUUCCAUUAAGAAUAAGCCUUUUGCUUAUGUCUCUGAAGCUGCCAGCACAAGUUGGCUUCAGGAACAUGUUGCAGAUCUUAGUAGAAGUAUUUGUGGAAUCAUCCCAGGAUUGAGUAGUAUCUUUCUACCACGGAUGAACCCUUUUGUCUUGAUUGAUAUUGCUGGAGCUCUGGCUCUUUGCAUUACAUACAUGCUCAUUGAAAUCAACAAUUAUUUUGCUGUGGACACAGCCUCUGCUAUAGCAAUUGCUUUGAUGACAUUUGGUACCAUGUAUCCCAUGAGUGUCUACAGUGGGAAAGUACUACUCCAGACAACCCCACCUCAUGUGAUUGGCCAGUUAGAUAAACUUCUUAGAGAGGUUUCAACUUUGGAUGGUGUGUUGGAAGUUCGAAAUGAGCAUUUCUGGACGUUAGGUUUUGGCACUUUGGCUGGAUCAGUCCAUGUCCGAAUUCGGAGAGAUGCAAAUGAGCAAAUGGUCCUUGCCCAUGUCACUAACAGAUUGUACACAUUGGUCUCUACCUUGACUGUUCAAAUUUUCAAAGAUGACUGGAUCAGACCUACCUUAUCAUCUGUGCCUAUUGCAAACAAUAUUCUGAACCUUUCGGAUCAUCACAUUAUUCCAAUGCCAUCUUUGAAAGCUGCUGACAAUUUGAACCCUGUUACCUCCACUCCAGCUAAGCCCAGCAGCCCGCCACCAGAAUUUUCUUUUAACACACCAGGCAAAAAUGUGAGUCCAGUCAUCCUUCUAAACACUCAGACAAAGCCCUAUGGACUGGGCUUUAAUCAUGGAUCUGCACCCUACAGCAGUGUACUCAGUCAAGGACUUGGAAUACCAGGAAUUGGAGCAGCUCAAGGAUUCAGAACUGGUUUUGCAAAUGUCCCGGGCAGAUAUGGAACAAACGCUCGUGGUCAGCCCCGACCAUAAUAAACACCAUUAUUUAUUAUACUUAAGGGUAUUGACUUAAUUCUUUUAUUACCCAAUUUUUAUAAACAUUUGGAAUGUCACAUCAUUCUGAAUGGCUGGGAACAAGUGCAUUGUUCAUAUUCAUGAAGAGGUUAAAUAGCAGUUUUUUCCUUCGCAUCAGCAGUAGCCUGUGUAAUGCCACAGAUAUUUUGCAGAUUUACAAUGCUUUACAAGUAGUUUUUAUAGGGUGUCUAUUUCUACUCAUCUUUUUUAUCCACUUUUCUUCAUUUAUCCAAGAAUGUAUUGAGAUGCAGCACAACUCCAUAAGACAAUAAAAUUGUGACCAGGUAGCAUUUUUUUUUUUCCUAAUGAAAAUUACUGGAUGCUGAAUAGCCGAGAGAAUAGGAAAUGGCAGAAAUACAAGUCCCAAUUUUCAGGCACGUUUGAUUGCUGUAUUAAGCAACCAAAACUAACUGUGAUUUGGCCCAAACAUGACAUGUCUGUCAUGUUUGGGCCAAAUCACAGUUAGUUUUUGAUUGCAAAAAUCCAUCAAUAUCCAUGUUGUGUCCAUUGUGAAGGCAGUCUGGCAUUUCAGGUUGUAAUUGAUUUUGCGAGAUGGUGUUUUUACGUUUUUAUUGAUGCUUUUAUAGAAAUUCAGAUGGUUCAGCAACCAUUUUCUAGUUGUAAGUAUUCCGUUCUCAUCUCGGAUAUUUCUUACUUUUUGGUUUAACUGCAAAAUUAUUUAGCAAUAUACUGGGAAAUAAAAUACUUAAAACUUAA